GAGCCAUCUUGCCUCGCCACAUGACCAGCUCCUGCCUCCCGGGGUUCCCAUAGCAACGGGACAUUGGUGUGCAACCCCCCGGGGGCACCGCCCUCCCGCGGGAUCCGAGCGGCGCGGCGCGGGCUGCCAGGCACGGGUGGAGAGGGGCAGCACUUCGUGGAAACGAGCAGGUAUUUUUCUCCAGUCUAAAACCAAAGAGAAGCUUUACUAGUCGGCGAGGGGCCUGGGUUGUAUUACCCCUGUUUAAGCUGGAAGGAAAAGCAAGUGUCACUUCACGGGGCUGAGCCGCACGCAGGCUGCGGGGCUGCGACCCCCAAGAGAAGGGCAGGACAAAGGUGGAAGAGCAUCGCACAGGAGCAGCCCGUCCUUCGCAGCCGGGGAACGAGGAGUCUCGCUGAGAAGGCGCCAGGUUCGUUAUAAAUAGGCCAUGAAGUUAAUUGACUCCCGCAGCUGCUGCCACUGCCAUGACCUUGGGUUUAAACUUCGGGUGCAGCAGCAAUGAAAGGGGGAUGCCAGUGCAUUAGUACACCCCCGUCCUGGAUCCAGGGGAGGUGGGGGGGAAAGCCAGGCCGGAGGCUGAGCCAGGCACAGUGCCAUCAGGUCCCACUCUCCUGCAUCAGGGUGGUUCUUGAGAGGCGCACACUCUCCGCCAGCUCCUGAUCUUACCCACUACAAAGGGAAAUAAGGUGCAGAAGUUCAUGAACAGGAGAAAAACACCUGUGUGAGUGACACUAACAAAAGACUGAUACUGAGAGUCUCAAAACCAGGAAUACUCCUAGCCUUCAGAGGCAACCCCGAUAUAAGAGCAAAUUGCCUCCAUUCUGCUCUCCACACAAGAUUUGACAAAUACAUCCAUAGUGAAAGAAAAUAAUAAGACAAUAGCGAGAUGCAGGUUUUUCUCCUGCCCCUUUAUUUUAUUAUUACAAGAGUGAAGGGAGAAAAAGCCACAAGUGGAAAGACAAACGGUUUGCUUCUCUUGCAGUACUGGCACGCAGAGGCUGAUCUAGUCCAGAUUACGCACGAGAAAAUUCCAGAAAUGAAGACUGCUAAAAGAGCGCAAAAUGUUGGAUUAUAUGGUGUUUACAAGGGUAUCAGUAGAGAAUGCUCUGCUUUGGAUGGGCAUUUCUAGAGAAACAGGAGUCUUGAGUUGGAGAGCUUGUCCAUUCUAAUUCCAGGCUUGGGAACUGAAUCCUGUGAUGCUCGAACUUUUAGUAUGGGGGGCUGGAUGGGUGGUGCAGGGCCACCCACUGGCCAUAUCAGGCCCCACGCACCAGGAUCGGGCCUCACACUGCAUCCACCCAUCUUCAGAUUGGGCUCUGCACCAGCUUCCUUGACUGAUUGGGCCCCAGCGCCCCAUGCUACCUCUUGUCAACCCCACUCAUGCUGGGAUCAGGCCCCAGGACCUUUGCUGCCCAGUUGGAAUAGGGCUCUGUUUGGGCAGAGGUGGCAUAGGGCCCCAGGUCCCAAUACCAAUGCACAGAGGCAGCAUGGGGCACUAUCUAGUCUCUGAACUGGCCCCAUGCCAUGCAACCAACAUGACUAAUAGCUUUGAAGCUUUUAUCCUGUUUUCAUGUAGAUGUAGGAAGUGCAGAUUGACCCUGAAAAGCAGGUAAAUAAAAAGUCACAACUUAAUACUUAGGAUCUGUUCCCGCGUGUGUAUUCAUAGUCAGAGAUGCUUAGCUCAGUGACAACAAUAACUUUUUAUUGCUUUUACUCCUGUUAGCCCUGCUGUGCCAACUCAGCUAAGACUGAACUAGCUGAGAAUUCUAGUUGGUCCUGAACAUCAACUUUGUUUAAUAAAUUCCAAUCAAUUACAUGUCUGCAAAUCCCCUGAUGAGAAGGAAGCUGCAAGAUGUCAUUGUGGUCUUAAUAUCAUCUGUAGAACUGUUAUUUGUGGCAAUAUGUAACAUGGAAAAUAUCCAAGCUCAAUUCACGGAGAGCUGAUGGAAUGUUCAGCCCUUGUAGUUAGAAAAAUACUUCACUCUUAUUUAUGUACUAAGCUGAUUUCAUAUGCUAAUCACUGAGAAAUUAUGAACAGAAAUUCCCAAUUGUACUUUUCAUAUUAGAUCUGUUCUGCAAGCAUUUUGAACCUUAUUCAUUUGGAGAAUGGAAUUGUGUUAAAAUGUCUCUUGUCAGCUUGAAACCCAUGUUUUUCAAACUAGGAAGUUGUUUUGGAUCCUGGACUCUGUACAGAGAAUAUGUAAGUAUACAUGUUACGUAAUAUUACAUGCUAGGGUCUUGGUCUUUUGUCUGGCUGGAGGCUGGGAGACCCAGAUUCAAGAUUUGUGAGAUUCAGAGCAGAGCCGGAUCACUCUGAAUUAGGUCACGUAGGGACAUAACCUGUGUCUAGAAUGAAUCCCACUAACAAUGAAGGAGUUCACUUUUAUAAAUAAAAGUCAUUCACAUAGGCAGAGGAUAAAGUUAAAAUACAUGUAUAAAAUUAGUACAAUCUUUUAGGAAAUCAGCUACUAAUUUUGGGCUGUUGUAUUCACAUCAACAUUUGAUUUUUUUUUCCCCCCAAAGAACGUACUUGCCUUGAACGUGAUAAUUUAUAUCAUCCUAUUAUUUAACUAAUUUCUUGCUUCUCCUUAUAUAUCUUAUACAAUAUGUAAAUGGAGUUUUCAAAUCAGUGAUUAUAGCCCAGAUUGCUAAGGACAAAAGUUCCAUUUCAAGAGGGAUUUAGAAAAUUGGCUUUACGCCAAACAGGAAUUAACACAAAAAACCAUGUACUAUUUCUGGAAAGAGAGUUCAAGUCAAUUUAAACAUUUUGUUUUGGUAAAAUAUCUAUUUAUCUUUUAAAUUUGUUUCUGUUGAUUUAAUAUGGAAAUUAAGGAUUGUCUAUAUACGUGCUCAGAGGGUGAAGGGAGGGGAGUGCUUUCAUUAGAGCGGCUCUAAAAGCCACUCUAAUUAAAGCAUCCAUAGCAUCUUAUGUAUCAAUGUCCCUAUGCUUCAAAAUGGUGGCAGAGGCGCUUUAUCUAAAGCUUGUUUGACAAACUUUAGAUAAAGUGCCCCUGCUACCAUUUCGAAGCGUGGGGACGCUGAUACAAAAGAGGUGGAGGCUGGCUGGAGUGCGGUAAUUACCAGACUCCAGCAGACACAAUCAAAUGAAUCUGUUCUGACACGCUGUAAUUACAGCGCGUUGGAACAGCCUCCACACUUGUGUAUAGGCACUCUAAAUGUUCAAAUUAAAAUGCAAAUGUUUUAAUUCUGAAUUUGUUGACAUGGGGGGAAGUUUCCUCCGUUUCCCCCCAAAUUAAAUCCUAACAAAAUUUGAUUUGAUUUUGUGAAGCAUUUUGAUCCUGAUGGAACAGGCUUCCAUCAAAAUGUUCUGACUUACUCUUUUAUUGAGAAAUAAUGGUUUAAUAGGAAGAAAAAAGGGAUGGAAAUAGACUAAAAAUAAUGAAAUAAAGUUUUGUGAAAGAAUGAAGAACACAAACUUGUGUUUUCUUUUCUGCUUAAAGAAUGUGUCAACUUUCUGCCUGACUUUUUUUUUUUUUUUUUUAGAGUUGGACUUUUACCCAGAUUGCUUCUCUUGGAUUUCCAGGAAUUAAACAUCAAGCUUUUAAUCCAAUUUCCUUGAAUUAAGUGUUAACAACCCCACUCUCCUUUUGAAUGGCCUUAAUAUUCCACUAAUCAAGCUAUCCUUUCUUCUGCAAUUCUACUGUCUUCUAGCUGCUCCUGGUAAUGCAGCUCCUGUUUCAAAACCCUGAAGACUGUUUUCAACUUUAGCUAAAAACAUUAACUCAGGUAUGGAAAUAUUAACCCAGGUGUGGAAAUAACUUUCAGUGAAGUAUUGGAUUAACUGUCAAGAUGCUCAAGUAGGCUAGAUUUUGUUUUACGUACAUUUAGUUCUAAUGAUUAUAGGAGUAAUGAAACAAUGUAUUUUUUGGCUAGCUUGUUUUUUUUCUUAAAUAUAAUAUACAAUACAGGCACUCCUCACUUAACGACCUACCUGUUUAACGACCGCGCGGACUUACGACCGCGCAGUCGUGGAAACCUAAGUACAAGAUGUCGGCGAAAAGGAAGAGCAUGACUUCACCUGGAGGAAGCACCAAGAAACAAAGGAAGACUAUCGAUCUUGAGAUGAAAAUGAAGAUCAUAAACGACUAUGAAGCUGGUAAGAAAGUUAAAGCGAUAGCACGUGACUUGGAGCUGGCGCAUUCGACCAUUUCGACGAUCUUGAAGGAUAAAGAUAGAGUGAAAGAGGCAGUGAAAGCAUCGACAGGAUUUAAAGCCAUAAUAACUAGGCAGCGGAAAGGCCUCAUUCAUGAAAUGGAGAAAUUACUGGCGAUCUGGUUUGACGACCAGAUACAAAAAAGAAUGCCGAUGAGCCUUUUAAUAAUUCAAGCCAAGGCACGCAGUAUCUUUGAGACUUUGAAGGUGCGCAAAGGCGAAGAAUCGACGGAAACAUUUACAGCAAGCCAUGGAUGGUUUCAACGGUUUUGUCGGAGAUUCAACCUGCAUAAUCAGAGUAUCAGCGGUGAGGCGGCAAGCGCGGACAUAGAAGCAGCGGAAAAAUUUGUUGAUCAAUUUGAUGAAAUCAUUGAGAAAGGCGGCUACCGUCCGGAACAGAUCUUCAAUGUGGAUGAAACCGGACUUUUUUGGAAGAAAAUGCCCGAAAGGUCCUACAUACACAAAGAAGCUAAAACAAUGCCCGGUUUCAAGGCUUUUAAGGACAGGGUCACGUUGUUGUUGGGAGGAAAUGUCGCUGGGUUCAAGUUAAAGCCUUUCCUCAUCUAUCGCUCCGAGAACCCACGUGCAUUGAAGCAGGUUAGUAAGCACACGCUGCCCGUUUACUAUUGUGCAAAUAACAAGGCAUGGAUGACGCAAGCUUUAUUUGAGGAUUGGUUCAUCAACUGCUUCAUACCCUUGGUCAAGCAUUAUUGUCUGGAAAAGGGGGUUCCCUUUAAAAUUAUCCUCCUGCUUGAUAAUGCCCGAGGCCACCCCCAGCAUCUUGAUGAUCUACACCCGGAUGUAAAGUUAGUGUAUCUGCCUAAAAACACGACUGCUACCCUACAGCCAGUGGACCAGAGGGCUAUAGCUAUGUUCAAAGUGUACUAUUUGCGUGCAACUUUUUCCAAAGCUGUAGCAGCAACAGAAAGCGAUGAAGUAACCCUUCGUGAUUUUUGGAAAUCAUACAACAUUUUACACUGCAUAAAGAACAUUGAAUCAGCUUGGGAGGGAGUGACAGAAAAGUGUAUGCAAGGCAUAUGGAAAAAAUGCCUAAAAGUUUUCGUGAAUAAUUUCAAAGGGUUUGACAAAGACGAACAUGUCGAUGUCAUAAAUAAAAAAAUUGUGGAACUUGCUAACGUGCUUAAUUUAGAUGUUGAAGUGAAAGAUAUUGAAGAAUUAGUGGAAUAUAUUGAGGGAGCGCUAACUAACAAAGAUUUAAUAGAGUUGGAAGCGCAGCAGCACUUGGAAGAGGAAAGAAUGGAAGAAGUACAAAAGAAGUUCACUGUAAAUGGGUUAGCUGGUGUGUUCUCGAAAGUGAAAGCGGCUAUAUUAGAACUAGAGGGUAUGGACCCGAAUGUUGAACGGUUCACGAAAGUGGAACGGCAAAUGAAUGAACUUUUACGAUGCUAUCGUGAAAUUUAUGAAGAAAAAAAGAAAAAAAAGAAAAUUACAAAGCAGACCACACUAACGGGAUUCUUCUCGAAAGCUACACCCAGGAAUCCACAGUUCGAAGGAUUCGAUGACUAAAAUGUUAAUCUGAAUGUCUUUUUUUAUAACUUUAAUUUUUUUGGUACAUCAUUUUUAUAAUUUUCGCUGAUUGUAUUUUUAUGUUCUGUAAUAUGUAAGAGUUAUGCAAAUUAAAACAAAGUUAUCAAGUUGGA